UAUCUUCAUACCUUUCUUUGGAUUUCCAGCAAGCAGUCGCGGAUUCAUAACACGUUCGUUUGGUUACACAAUUUUUGUUUCGCCGAAACAAAGUUAAUUUUGUGCGGUUUUUCGAUCAAAUUAACACAUCAAACAAUGUCCAAAUACAAGGAUCUGGUGAAACUUUCGACGACCUACGCCCGCCGGAUGAAUCACCUGUCGAACCGGAUCUUCGGCGAAGUAACGCGACCAACCAAUCCCCAAUCGAUGAAAGUGGUAAAAAUGUUCAGCGAAGAGCCGAUCCAAUGCCGGGAUUAUGUGGCCAACUGGUACCCACGGCAUGUGGAAACUCAUCUGCUGGCCAUGAAGCUCCGCGAGUACGGUCUGUUCCGGGACGAGCAUCAGGACUUUAAGGAGGAAAUGAAACGACUGCGAGCACUGCGAGGAAAGGCGCCUCCCAAAAAGGGCGAAGGGAAACGAGCCAAAAAGUAGAAUGUGUAGCUUUUAGUUGAAGGAAGUAAAGAAUGUAAGUUGGAUUUUAAA